UAAUAAAUAUUACAGAAAUCCACCACAUAAUUUGUGGUGAUGAUAAGCUCUCAAAUUUCUGGUUGCCAUUCGAAUCAACUUGUACUGCAAACUCGUACUUGUUUCAGGUAUACUAUGGCUAAUUUGAUCGCCAAUUUACCAUUUUCUCCACUGUUCGCCUGUGAAAACCGACCCUUUUGUUCACCGGUUCACAAACACGCUUUUUCCACCAUUGGAGGAACACAAGGUCAAGGUCGUGUUGCUUUUAUUGCAAAGGCUACAAGUGGAAGCUCCAAGUCUUCUACUUCAUUAAGCACUGUUGAAUCCGAUCAAAGUAUUUGGGAUAAACCGGAAGAUCUAGUUGCUCUUUUGGGAGUCGGAUUUGCAUUUGUUGUUGCCUUUUGGGCUUCACUUAGCGUAACCGCGGCUAUCGACAAGCUUCCUGUUCUCCCGGGCUUAUUCGAACUCAUUGGCAUUUUGUUCUCGACAUGGUUCGUAUAUCGCUACCUCUUGUUCAAACCCGACAGGAAAGAGUUGGCUGAGAUCAUCAAGAAGUCGUUAGCUGAUAUUAUCGGCCAAUAAGUAAGAGUUGAUAAACAAGUGAUGUAAAUUUUUGAUUUGGUUGUGGCGAUCGACCUUAAACACAAGAAACUUGUAAAAGUAACAAGUUUUAACUCUGGGUCAUGAUGUGUUGUUUUUGUAAUGACAAUGAAGUGAUUUGUGUUUAUUGUUAAUAAGUCUCAAGUUCUUAUCUCUUUU